UGCUUUUACGAAAAUUUCACCUGGAAGUGAGUUUUGGAUUUGUGACCCUCGGAAAUUGAUUGAUAGGGUUAUCAGCUACAACCCGAUCCCUCGCACUGUCCUGAUUCGUGACUUUUUCACACCGACCUAUGAUCCGAAUCAACCGACACCUUCUGUACACCAUAUCUCGGUCCUGUUCUCCGUGUUCUCAAUAGGAAUUCUAAUGGACUUGUCGAGGCUACCUAAUGCGCCAGAAGCCAAGGUCUACAGAGACAUGGCCAAGAUUCCACUAGACAUUGAAAAUGUUUCUAAGGAGACAACGGUCACCACUAUUGAAGCUUUGAUCAUGUAUGCGCAGGCGAUACAGUGGUCGGACGACCCAGCUGGUCCGGCGCUCGCUUGGACAUAUUUGUGUUUGUGUGUUACCCUGAGUGAGAGUGCUUUGUCCGGGGGUUCGGCUAAACUCACAUUAGAUCGCGAUCCCAAAUCAACCUGGAAUAUGGACGAAGGAGUCACGCUAAGGAGACGCAGAGUCUUCUGGCCGCCUCUUUUAACUCAGCGGCAUACUGAUGUUCAGUUACCGGAAGAAGAGACCACAGAAUCUAUGGGAACAGAUCCUACUUCUCACCCACCGACCCACGCCCUGGUAAUGAGACUGGAUAAGACGAUUCGAGAGUUUGGAUUCCCAUGGAACGUUGACGCAAGGCCCGAGUCCGACGACGGUCAAAAUGUCCUCUUGGACUUUGAGAACAUGAUGAUGAGUGGGAUUAUCGAACUUACGUCCCUACAUGUGCAUCGUGGUUUCUUUGCCCAUGCGUUAUUCCAAAGUCCUACAGAUCCUCUCCAGUCCAAGUUUGGUGCAGCCUGUCGCAUCAUUCAACGCGCUCAAGACUAUUUCACCAGGAGGGCUGCUAUUAUGAAGCGGUCGUCGAUUAUGUACUCACAUACAUUUUCUGCUGCGCUACCGCUGCCAUCCGUGAACUUGGUGGGUUUGACCAAAAGAUGCAACUCUUCGAAUCUAAACGAUUGCAUAGAUACCGCCUGCGCAAUCUUCAAGUCCGGCAAAGAUAACGUUCGUGUAGCCCGUAUCCUAUAUAUCAUAACGAGCUUGCAAACGAAAGCUCGAGCCAACUUCAAUCCAAAAGUGGCAGCCCUUCGAACCCCCGAACCUCCGGUUAACUUGCCUGGGAUCAUUGGAGCUGCUACUGUCAUCAAACAGAGUAGUCGCUCUCUCGAUGGUAGCUCUACUCACAGCAACUCGCCACCAGGAGAUUCUCCACCCGUCAC